CGGUCGAUGUUUGCUAUUGGUUACCCCUUUUGUAAAUCAGUAUGUGAAUGAAUGCGCUGAUUUCCGGUAACCGAGCAGUCGCUAAAUCAAUACUAGUCUAAUUGGAGCUGCUGUGAUUUUUGUUCUGUUUGUCUCAGUGUCAUAUCAGGUUCUGCCACCUUUCAUCCUGGAGAGUAAAUAAAGGCAAUGUCUGUUCAACAGCUGCCAGCGGUAGACAUCAGGAACUGCAGGGAACCAGUUUUAGGAACUCACAGGAUUCCAGAGAAGCACAGUAUCAUUAAUAUUGAGAAACACGUGAAAUGGAUUACGGAAUUCCAGCAAAUUCGCAACUUUUAUUCCGAGCAUGUGAUGAGGGUGAUUACGAGUGUGCCAGACGAAUCCUAGAACCAGGUGCAGCUGAAACCGCGACACCGGGAAGGCUCCGUUCCGAUGUGGUCUCCGAGUGCAACGCAGACAGCUCGGGCCCCAGGUCAGCUUCGCUUGUCCCGGUUGAUUGCACAGAUGAAGAAGGAAACACAGCGCUCCAGUUCGCAGCUGCUAGUGGACACGAUAAUCUAGUUCGGUUCCUGCUAAGGAAAGGAGCUUCGGUGGACAGCCGGAAUCACUAUGGUUGGACCCCGCUUAUGCAAGCAGCAAGAUUUGGCCAUUUGAAUGUUGCCCACAUGUUGUUGGAAAAUGGUGCUGAAAUAAAUGCCAGAAAUAGAAUCGGGGCCAGCGUCCUUACAAUGGCAUCAAGGGGUGGUCACGUCAGUGUUGUGAAACUGUUAAUGGAGAGUGGAGCCUUUGUCGACGAUUACGAUCAUUUGGAUGUUAACAUGGGGAAUAACAACAAUAACAAUACCAAAGGAGAAUUCCCAGACAUCACUGCCCUGAUGACUGGAGCACAGCACGGGCAUGAAGCCGUCGUGAGGUUGUUGCUGGAGUGGGGUGCGGAUCCAAAUUACUGCAUCAAAACAACAGGAUGGAGCCCACUUAUGCUGGUAACACUUAAUGGGAAAGUAAGUGUGGCACAGCAGCUAGUGGAACGAGGAGCAGACCCAGACAACAAAAAUGUGCUGGCUAAAACCUCAUUUGAGAUUGCACUGAACUAUAAACAAAAGGAGAUGACAAAUUACCUGGAUGCCAUAACCACUAUCCGCCCACAGUCAGGAGAAGAGAAGAGGAGGCCAGAUGUCUUUCAUGCUCUGAAACUUGGAAACUGCCAGUUAGUUAAGGAGAUCUUAGAUGAAGAUCCUGGCCAGGUGAACAUUGCUAAUCCUGAUGGCGCCUCUCCCCUGAUGAUCGCUGCAGUGAAUGGGCAGCUGGAUGUUGUUCAAUUGCUUGUGGAUGGAAAUGCUGACAUUGACAAGCAGGACAGUGUUCACGGGUGGACAGCACUGAUGCAAGCUACAUAUCACGGGAAUAAAGACGUUGUUAAGUAUUUGUUAAAUCAAGGUGCUGAUGUCAAUCUUCGGGCCAAAAAUGGAUACACGGCAUUUGAUCUAGUUAUGCUGCUUAAUGAUCCAGAUACAGAACUUGUGAGGUUGCUGGCCUCUGUGUGUAUGCAAGUAGACAAAGACAAGGGCAAGCAGAAAUCCAAGUCAUCACUACCACGCUCAAAAAGCAGGCUGUCUUUAAACAUACCUGUGCCUCCGGAUGAUAAAGGGGGGCUAAAGUCCUGGUGGAACAGAAUGUCCAAUAGGUUCCGGAAGCUCAAGCUGACUAGGACACUGAGGCACGGCUUCUCCACUAGUCGUCUGGCACCGUUUCCAGAUGAUACUGAUGUGUCCCUAGAUUCUACAAUGAAGGCAGACCAGAAGAACAGUGGGAACAAUGGACCGAUAGUGCUGCCUCCACUCUUAGGAACUGCUGACAUGACCACAGCCUGGGCAGUGAAAAGCAAAGAUAGCGGACUUGGCAGUACUAGCACAGAAAAGGAUGAUACCCUAAUAACAACUAUGCUCAGAAACGGUGCUCCCUCCACCCGACUCCCCAACGACAAGCUGAAAGCUGUGAUUCCUCCAUUCCUUCCUCUCUCAAACUUCGAACUGUGGGACUCUGACCGGUCGCGGAUCAACAAAGAAUGCAAGAGCGAACAAACAAGGCACUCCAUGCCACAGAGACCUGGUAAAGGCAACUUCAACAGCAGCGGAAACUCUGACAUAACGUCUGUUAGCCGUGUUGUGGCCAGGCCAAUUAAGUUUCCGAGUAUUGUCAGAAGUCCAUCCUCUCCUUCAAACUCUGGCAAUUUCAACUACUCCCCUCACUCUUCAGGAGGUUCCAAUGGUAUAGCUGGCAUUAACAGGCAUGGAGGUGAUCCACAUAAUCGAUCAGGUGGCAGUGCUGAUAGUGUCCUAUCACAGAUUGCAGCCCAAAGAAAGAAGGCAGCUGGUUUGUCGGAACAGAAAGCUCCCACCUUGGACAGCCAGACACCCACAGUUCCAGAUAUCAGCUUGCCCAGCCUGCAUGGUACCCACAGCUUAGUGGGCAGCAGCUGUCACAGUGAAAAGAAAUCGGACAACAGAAAGAGGCCUCAGUCUGGGACCUCCUCCACGUCCAAGAGCACCUCUCCCACGCUGACCCCUUCAGCCUCCCCCACUCCUAAAGGCCCCCAGGCAGAGUCCUCCUUAUCCUCCUCCUCCUCCAAUCGACGCUCCAAGAGCAGCGGAGGCUCAAGCAGUGGCACCAUCACCGACGAAGAUGAACUCUCUGGGAUCCUAAAGAAGCUUUCUCUGGAGAAAUACCAGCCAAUAUUUGAAGAGCAAGAGGUGGACAUGGAAGCAUUCCUCACACUCAGUGAUGGGGAUUUGAAGGAGCUGGGUAUAAAAACAGAUGGGCCUAGACAACAAAUCUUAGCAGCCAUCUCGGAGUUAAAUGCUGGAAAGGGCAGAGAAAGACAGAUUUUACAAGAAACUAUUCACAACUUCCAUUCUUCCUUUGGGAGCAGUGCCAGCAAUCCUCGACCACCUGGUUAUCCUCGCUCACCAGCAGGCUGGGUUAGACAACAAGUGCGGACGUCCAGCAAGAGGUAACACUCAACAGGACCAAGCCCCUGCGGGGAAAUUGUGAAAUCAGAGUUAUGGGUAAUGGAGCCCAGGUGAAAGGAAGACUGCUCUCAAGCUCUUCUCAACGCCAGUGUUUCAGUGCAUGAGACUGUGCAGGAAGACACUGAAGAAAGCCUCCAAUGUGACUGCAUGCCCAGACAAGAUUAAGGACGUGGACAUCUCCACCUGUAUUGGAUACAAAUAACAGCUACAGGUGGUGCAGGAUUGUCAUUUUUGGAAGAACUUGUAACAGAGUGCUAAGGAAUGUUCUGCAUCACAAUAAUAAUAAAUAAGAUGAGAGGUGGUGUUGGUAAGGAAUUCAGGAAAACCUGGAUUUGGUCUUUUAGGGUUCUUUUGAAGAAACCAGCACAAGUGAAAAGACUAGCAAGAUACAAAUGAUCCUUAGCGGCUAAGUGAACAUGGCAGAAGACAGCCUUUGAAACACACCCUGGGGGAACCGCCACAGGAAUGCUAUGAUGUAAUAUGAGCAUCAAAAUAAUGAUCUACAAUCACAAGUAUACAUAAUGCUGUAUUAUAAAAGACACUGUUCUGUGACAUUAUUUGUUUUCUGAUGGGCUCCCCUUCCUUUUUGCUAACUAUUCUUUGUUGUAGCUGACCCAUAUUCAUCGCCUGUGUUGAUUGGAUGACUUGCAGGAUGAUAUUAACUGGCGAUCUAGAAUUGUUUCCAUGGUCAUCCUGGUUUAUGUCACAGUAUCUUACUGUUGUUCAGCCCUUCCUUCUGUUUGAUAGCUGCAAAUGACUGAAAAGGUUGUCUAAAAAAAAUUACCAGGACUUUUAAACAAAGAAAUUGAGCGAAUAAGUACAAUUCUUUUGGAGCAAAUUUUUUAUUGAAAAAAGAAAAGUAUCAGUGUUUUGUCUUUUCAAUUAAUGAUAUAAUUAUCAUUUCUCUUAAAUUUGCCUUUCAUCUUGAAAUGUUCCAAAAACUUACAUAUGCCAAUAUACCAGAUUGUAACCAUUUCUGGUUUACUUAUGGCUUUUGUAAGAAGGUAAAAAGCACCCUAAUGAUUGGAAUAAUGUAAUUUUCUUUUAAUCAAAUCACAUUUCUUUCUGUAUGUCCUAUAUGAAUUGGGUUUGUAGUAUUAACCAGUACAUAACACUUUUUUCAUUACAAAAUACCUGGACAAAGAUUGCAGUUUCAGUAAGUCUUUCAUAAAUUUUAAACUGAUAAAAGGUGUUUAUAGAAAGUGCUCAUUUUUGUAUUAAGUGUUACUGAAUGUGUAAUUAAUUAAAUCCAUAAUCAGAA